AUGACUUAUUUGAUGUCUUUGUUAUUGUUUGGUUUAGUACUAGGUUUGAUUGGGGUAGCUUCAAACCCCUCUCCUUAUUUUGCUGCGUUUGGUUUAGUAAUAGUAUCGGGUCUUGGUUGUGGGGUGUUAAUUGUUCAUGGAGGUUCCUUUUUAUCUCUUGUUUUGUUCUUGAUCUAUUUGGGUGGGAUGUUGGUUGUAUUUGCAUAUUCUGCGGCUCUGGCAGCGGAGCCUUACCCCGAAAGUUGGGGAAGCUGAUCAGUUGCGGUUUAUGGGGUAUUAUAUUUAGGGGUAGUAGGUUUGGUGUCUUUUGUAUUUCAAGGAGGUUGAUUUGAACACUCUUGAGUGCCUGUAGAUGAGUUGUCGGAGUUGUCUCUUUUUCGUGGGGAUACUUCUGGUGUAGCCUUAAUAUAUUCUUCUGGGGGGUGAAUACUGGUAAUUAGUGUUUGAGUGCUUUUAUUGACUUUGUUUGUUGUAUUAGAGUUAACUCGAGGUUUAAGUCGAGGGGCAUUGCGAGUAGUUUAA